AUGGCAUUCAACCUUGCGUCCCUCUCAGCAUUCUUUGGCGGAGGCGGCAACGCGUCCGGCUCUAGUUCUGGUAGCCGAAACAAACGAACCAACUUUGGUUCGGGUCUGCCAUCGUCCAGUAGACGAGGACCUCCCGGCAAGCUUGAUCAUUUUGAAGACGACAGCGGUGCUUGGUCCCUGCCGUAUACUCAGCGAUACGGUGGCCCAGGCAUGGUCACGUCACCCACUCACAAUGGGCCUUUUAGCCCCACAUCUGCUCACCCUAUGGCAGGCGGCGCUGCAGAUGCUAAUGGGGUUGGCAGUGCAUACCCGCCGACUCCGAACACUGGCAAAUCCUGGUCAGGCGGUAACGGAGGUGCUAUGGACUUGAAUGCUGCGACCAGCGUCACUGCCCUUGGUUCAACGCUCGGUAGGCCUUCAGUCGAUGCUAGCUUCUCUGCAAACGUCUCCAUCCCCUCUACAGCGUAUCCUCCCCUGCGCCACACUUGGAACAGGAUCCGCGCUUGGUGCGACGUGCACUACGAUGAACUAGGCGACACGCUCAACUGGCCUGCUUUGGACGCCGAUUUGGAUGAAUUGGAGUUCACGAUCGGCUUCGCACUGCCUCCCGCGGUGCGGGACAGCUUUUUGUGUUACAAUGGACAAGAACUCGAGUCUAAUCAGAGCUGCUCGGAUGGUCUCUUCUUCGGCUUGCCCCUUCUUAGUCUGGAACAGAUCGCAGAAGAGUGGAAGUUCUGGCGAACCGUCGACGAGGACCCUUCAGCGGGUGCCAACGACGAGGUCAAAGGCUGGAUGACCAGUUGCCCAGCAGGAUGGGUCCGCUCCGAGUAUAGCUGCAGAGGAUGGCUGCCCCUGAUCACAGAUCAUGUGGGAAACUACGUGGGAGUAGAUCUCAGCCCUCCCGCUAGCGGCGGUGGCGCCCCCGGCCAGGUCAUUCUCUUUGGGAGGGACUUUGACACCAAGGUGGUGCUCUGGCGUGGCGAGGGUGAGGGAGGAUGGGGUCGAUUUCUUCAGUUCAUCGCAGAAGAGCUCGAGAGCGGAGACAUGUGGAGCCUCGAGGCGCAAAGUCAGAGCAGCGAUGACGAGGAAGAUGGCAUUGGCUACGAGAGCUACUUCUCCAACGGCGGCUCCGGAACAGGCAGAGGCGGCGGUGACCGUGCUGGUGAAGGAAGCGCUGGCUUCAGGCUCCGAGGCGACUACAAGGGCUGGCCAGCGCUCGAAGCGUGGGCAGAUCGAUCUAUGCGGUGCUGGGAGGAGGUUGGCCUGACAGCUGGAUUGCCGGCCUGGCAGCUGCAAGAGACGCCCAGUGUCCGUCUAGAAGGUGCAGAAGAAUCCCAGCGGGUCAACGAGCAUGGAGAAGCGCUCGAUGCAGGUAGCAGCGGCAGUGUCAACGCACGACGAAUGUCUCCGCUCAUCGAGCACUCCUCAGAUGCUGAAGGCGAGCAGAACCAUCCCCUGGCCGGCUCAAGUGCCAUGUCUCCAGACUCUACACGAUCGGGCGAGACUGUCACACAAUCUGACUCUGCCUCUUACAUGAACGGCAACCCCUCCAUCGACGCACCGCGUCAAUAUGGCGACAUGCUUUCACCGCCCUUGCCUUCUACCAAAGCCUCACGCUCCAAGCAGAAACAGCGCGAGACUGCUUCUGGAGAUCCGAAACCACGCCGCAAUCCCCCACCACCGGCCACUGCACUAGAUCUUCCCACUAUUGACGACGUUCGCGCGGCUCACGCAGCAGCCUUGGCAAUGUCUUCCACUGGUGGUAACUAUCAUUUCGACAUUGAGCGCAGUCGCCCUCCGCCAGGAUCAGGAGGUGCAGGCAUGGGAAUGGGAAUGCGAAGCUCGCCUGUCGUCUCUGGAACUGGCAGUGGCGAGUGGUACCGCGAUCGGCCAAGUCGGUCGCACCUAUCAAGAGUUGCCAACCAAAGCGGAGAUGAUGGUCUAGAGAUGGAUGCGCGCACAUCUUCCGACGUUCUCAAUCCUCAGGAUCCUGCAAGCGCAAGCGUCGUGACGCUUUCUGAUGUGGUUAUCGAUGGAACCAACAACUUGAGUGCCACAGCCUUGGCCAGUCCUCGUCUGUCAAGCUCUUCAAAUUCUGGUGGUAGACCAGCGGCGCGCACGCUUCUAAGCAAUGGAGAGCUGCCAUCGUUGAUCGAUGCAGGCUCAGCUCCAGCGUCACCUGCUCUGCGGUCCGGCUCGACUUUUGCAGCGCAGCAAGGAAGCGCGCUCGCCUCUGGGGCAAGCAACUUUGGCGAACGAAGCAGCUUUGCGCGAAGUGCGGACAGUCCCACUAGAGUGCCUCCGCCUGCUGUGAAGAGCCCGCCUCAUUCUCGCACGAACAGCAUCCUCGGCACCCCUCGUCUCGAAAGCCCUUCCAUACUACCUCAAACCGCACAGUAG